GGGAAACCCGACGCUGCCGGCGCACCGAGCGGAGCCGGUGGAGGCUGCGCUGCGCGGACUCCCGUCCGGGGCUGACCCGGUGCGGCCGGUGACCCCGAGCGCUGGUGCGAGCUCUCCGAGCCUCGGUGCAGCCCCGAGGCAGGGGCUCGGCGGCGUCCCGGAGGGGCGCGGCGAGUCGCGGGGAGCCGGAGUCGGGGGUCCCCGAGCUCGGCGGAGGCGGCGGUGGGGACCUGUUCGAAGACGAGAGACAUGGAAGGUGGUUAUUCCUCAGGCCUGUGUCACGAAGUCCCAAAUGCUUACAGCUCCGAAGUCCUGCUGGAGGGCAGGGGCGGAGAGCCUGCUGCUACCGCCGAGGGCCCGGGGACCCUGGAGAGCUCCAGGCUCUUCACCAAAAGGGACUUCGCAGAGGCCCCAGAGGAGGAGGAGGAGGAGGAGUCAGAGGGCUCUCUCAGGACCUCCCUGAAGAGGGCCAAUAUCCAGCUCGUCCGAGGUGUGCAGGAGUGGCAGGACGGCUGCGUCUACCGAGGGGAGUUCGGGCUGGACAUGAAGCUGGGAUACGGGGAAUUUUCUUGGCCUACAGGUGAGUCCUACCACGGGCAGUUUUACCGCGACCACUGCCAUGGCUCGGGCACCUACACGUGGCCGGAUGGCUCCAGUUUCACGGGCACGUUUUAUCUCAGCUGCCGAGAAGGCUAUGGCACCAUGUGCAUGAAGACCAGGCUCUUCCAGGGGCUGUACAAGGCAGAUGAACGGUUCGGGCCGGGCAUUGAGACAUACCCCGACAGCAGCCAGGAUGUGGGGCUGUGGUUCCGAGAGCACCUCAUCAAGCUGUGCACGGAGAUUCCCAACGGCUUCUCCAUAUGCAGCUACCCUGAGUUCUCGGGCUUCCUCACGGACUGUCCUGCUAGAAUCUGCCUCUCAGAUGAGGAGAAAAUGGAGUGGGACCUGCAUGGGGAUCAGGACCCCUUUUUCUAUGACUAUAAGCAGUUUCUUCUGAAUGACGACCUCACUCUGCCUCCAGAGAUGCAUAUCUACUCAACGGACAACAGUCACCUGCCCAUGACCUGCUCUUUCCGCAGAGACUUAGAUGCCCAGAUCUUCCUUAAUGACAUCCCUCCAUUUGUGGAGGACGGGGACCCCUGGUUUAUCAAAAAUGAGACCCCUUUGAUGGUCAAAAUCCAGAAGCAAGCUUACAAGUUUAGGAACAAGAAGGCUCACACCAGCUGGAACAUGGGCGCCAUCCUGGAGGGGAACCGGAGCGGCUUUGGGAGGCCUGGGCCCAAGGAGCAGCUUUCUGUGGAUAUGAUCCUGAAGGCCGAGGAAGGCGACUACGACUGGAUUUACGGGAUCCUGAGGGAGAGCAUUGUCAGUCCCGACGUGGCCGACUCGAGGGGCUACACCGUGCUCGCCGCAGCUGCUGUCCACUGUCACACUGAUGUCGUCAACCUUCUGCUGGAUCACGGGGCCGACGUGAACAAGUGCUCGGAUGAGGGCCUCACGCCGCUCAACAUGUGCUUCCUUCUCUACUACCCGGCCCACUCUUUCAAACCCAACAUCGCUGAGAGGACAGUGACCAAGCCCCAGGAAGCUCCAAAACUCUCAAAGUCUCCAAGCCAUUCCUUCUCAUUCUCCGAAGUGGCCGUGGAGUCACUCUCAUAUGAGGAAUCUGUCCCCACCCGCGGCAGCCAGGAUCUGAAGGUGCCACCCGUGGUGCCCGGCAGCCAUGAGGGCAGCCUCUCUCUGGGCACCCGGCAGUCUUGGGAGGCCGCCAACCUGAGGAGCAGCCUGCAGCAGUGGGAGUCCACGUCGCCCAGGGGCAGCACCAGCGAUGCGGGGAAGAGGCUGGAUGACGUGCCAGGGAACCUGGACGCGUGCUCGCUGGGCAGCAAUGAGACGGCCUUCGAGUCCAACCUCUGUGUGCACAGCUUCUCCAUCGAGCUCUCGCAGGCCAUCAUGGAGAAGAGCGCCAGGGCCCACAGCAUGCUGAAGGCCCCCUCCUUGGGCACCACCAACUCUGACAAAGGGACCAUGAGGCAGAUGGCACUGUCCAUGAUUGAACACAGGAACAGGUGGCUGACCAUCAACCUCCUGCUGCACCGAGGCGCCGACCCCAACUGCUGCGGCGUGCCCAUGCAGGUCCUGUUCUUCGCUGUGAGGGCCGGGGACGUGGACGGGGUGAAGCUGCUGCUGGAGAAUGGAGCCAGGACCGACAUCCAGCUCCCCGCGGAGCUGUGGGCCCUGACACCCCUCCACAUUGCAGCCGCCCUUCCCGGGGAAGAAGGCGUCCAGAUAACAGAGCUGCUGCUCCACGCCAUCACCGAUGUGGACGCCAGGGCAGCCGAUGAGAAUGACGUGUACAGGCCGGACAGGGUAGACCUGUUGCCUUCAAACCUGAAGCUCAACAAUGAAGCUGGCCCAGCCAGCAUCUACUACAGCGAGCGCACGGCCGUCUCCAAUGAGGGGGGCAGGACGGCUCUGCACGUGGCCUGCGAGCGCGAGGACAACCACAGGUGUGCCAGGGACGUAGUCCAGCUCCUCCUCUCCCACAAAGCAAACCCCAACAUGCUGUGGAGUGGCCACUCCCCGCUCUCGCUGUCCAUCGCCAGCGGGAACGACCUGAUUGUGAAGGAGCUUCUGUCCCAAGGAGCUGACCCCAACCUGCUCCUGACCAAGGGCUUGGGCAGUGCCCUGUGUGUCGCCUGUGACUUCGCCUAUGAGAACCAGAGGAACAUGGACAGCAAGCUGGCCCUGAUUGACCUACUCAUUAAUUACGGAGCUGACAUCCUGAAGCCCAUUGUGCUCAUGCAGGGGGACAAGGUGGCUGUGGGCACAGCUGUCGACUACGGGUAUUUCAGAUUCUACCAGGACCGGAAGAUCGCCCACUGCCCCUUCCACUCGCUGAUGCCAGCAGAGCGGGAGACGUUUUUGGCCCGGAAGAGGCUCCUGGAAUACAUGGGCAUCCAGCUGCGCCAGGCCGUCUUCGCCAAGGAGAGCCAGUGGGACCUGAAGAGGCUGUACCUGAGCAAGAGAGCGGAGCUGAUGCCCUCCCACAGGCUGAAGCGGAAGAGCACGGGGCUGCCCAAGGCGCUGCAGCUGGAGGAUCAGGGGCAGAUUCCCUUCUUCAAGUUCUGCUACCAGUGUGGCCGCUCCAUCGGGGUGCGGCUGGUGCCCUGCACCCGCUGCUACGGGAUCCUGACCUGCAGCAAGUACUGCAAGACCAAGGCCUGGACGGACUUCCACAAGAAGGACUGCAGUGCCCUGGCAGCCCUCGGGGACGGUGGAUAUGGAAACCACCCACGGUUGACACGGAGAAGGGACUGAGGGUGACCGUGAGCCAGGCAUGACGAUGAGGUUGGGCCAGAAGUGGUGGGUCUGCUUUCAAGGAGAGGGCGGGAGGGAAGGGGCCGUGAGGAGCGAGGGCUGGACCAUGUGCUCAGAAGGAGGAGGUGGUGGGCACGUCCAAGGAGGAGGUGGAGGACGGGGGGGCCUUCCUGCUGAAUGCAGAGUGGCAGAGGUGGGCCAGGGUGGGUGGGAGAAGAGGCUGGGAAGGGGGUGAUGGAGCCUGCAUGGGGACCAACCUGGCCAGCUUUUUGCUGGUCAAAGCAGCCCCUCCCACAGCCGUGGUUUUGCCUGAUUUUCUUGGUCUCUUGUCCAAGAUGGGGCUCCCUAUGCAGGAAGUUCGCUUAGGGGGCAUCCCGGACGAUGUUCCUCUGUGUGAGUGGGAUAGGGGUGGGGAGGCGCCUAGGCAGAGGGAGAAAUGACCUUGUGCAUUCUCUGGAGGGGGGCCGGGCCUUUGUACCCCAGCAUCAGCCAGUUCUGGUUGCAGGCCGCCCCUGCCGAGGGGGCAGGGGGUGGGGGUCAUGAACCCCAGGGAGGGGUGUGGGCAGCUCUCGCUUCAUCUGCCAGGAAGGAAACCGCCCCUAAUAAGUACUGCUUAUUUUAAGCUGUGCUUGUUAACUGGAUAAAAGUUACAGGAUAUAUACAUACAGAAAGAAAAGACAAAUGACAAUUAUCCUGACACCCAGAAAUUGCCAUUGCCAACACUUUGGUGUCCUUCCAAUUCCAGCUGUGUGUCUAUAUAGACUCCCACACACACGCACACACACCACACACGUGUGUAUCUCAAAGUGCGAGCAUGACCUAUUUAAACUUGGCCACGAGCAUCUUUCUAUGCUAUUAAGUAUUUUUCUGCAACGGAAUUCUCCCCAAAGGAAAAUAGUUUUACUAUUUUUUAUUCUGAUUAUGCAUGCGAUAUAUGCUUAUUGUUAAAACAGAAGACAAUAAAGAAAAAUGAAGAGAGCCAGUCUUCCUAAUCUUACUGCUCAAGGAUAAAUAUCCUGAACGUUUUGGUGAACAUAUUCUUUUAGAUUUUAGUUGUGCACACACGUGUGUACAUCCUCAAGCAUGCAAAUGUGCUUUUUCAUGCCCCUCCAUUUAUUUUUAAGAUGGAAUUAAAAUUUUGAUUAAAACAGAAUGGUUCAUUUUGCAGCCUUAACCUGCCUUUCUGACACCUCAUGUGCGUCCUGUCAUUUUCAUUGGGAGUGGAGCGUGUCUGCCCGAUGCCCUGUUGAUGGGCACAUGGGUUGUGUCAUUGUCCUCUUGGGAAACAAUGCUGUGCAAGCACCCCAUUGGCCUAUUUUUCCCUUUGUCUAAAUUCACAGAGGUUAAAUUCUCAGAUUUUGAGAGUAUUCCCAUUUUCAAUUUUGCUUUCGUAGCAUGCUCUCUGGGAAGCUUAAUGAGCGUGUCUCUGCCCUACACCCUUUCAGGAAUGAGCAUCACCGAGAGAUUCAAUCUUUUCCAGUCUCGUAAGGAUUUCACACGAGUGUGAGCACCAUUGCCUCAGGCGGAUGCAGCCUUAUGUUCCUCCUCCUGCUCCCUCUGAUUGGAGCUGUUUGCUCCUUCUGACUGGUACUAACUCUCUCUAAAGCACGUUACCCUCUCUUCUGCCUCGCAUGGGAAGGACCCCUCUCAGCUUGAACUUUGCUACACGGAAUUCUGUUCUCGUGUCAAAUCCGUCUGCCCUGUCUUUAGGGUCUGGUUUGCUGGAAUGCUUAGGGAGCAGUCCCCAGACAAGCUUAUGCCAGGACACAGAUUUUAAAAACGAUUUUCAUGCAUUAUUGUUUUACCUGUAAUUUUU